AUGUCUUUUAGCCAAUCUUUGAUAAUACCACAACAUGAUUCUGAUAUAUUUGCACCCAGUUGGCAAGCCGGAGUGUCGAGCACCCAAGGUUUGACCAAAUUAUUAAAAAAUUACGAUAUAGAAAGGGUAAAUGUUGCAAAAACUUGUGAAAAAUUAUGGUUGGCUUUAAGCGAAAACCAAAACACAAAUUAUGAGCCUUCCCAGGAUGUCGAAGAUGAAGAUAAACAAUGUGUGGUUCGGGAAUCCAAUAUACCAUUUCGUGAUUUCUCCAAUAUAUGGUUUGGUACAUUAAAAAUAUACCAGCAACAGGUCAAUACGCUCUUUCGUUUAUCUCAAGAUUUACUUACGCGCAGUUGCAAUUACGAGAUUAAACAUUUGGAAGCCUCUAAAAGAAAAUCAAGCUUAAAGUCACAAAAACUUAUUAAAAAACGUCGUUUCACAUUAACCGAAUCUACUGAUAAGUCAUAUUUUUCUACAAACUAUUCUGAACUAUUGGAUGAUUUAGAAAAAUUAACACAAGAACCCAUGCAAAAAUCACUGGGAGAGUCUUCCCAAACUGUUUCGCGUUCAAUUACACAAUUUCAAAUUCGAGAGAUAACUAUAAGAGAAAUUAGUGCUACAAUACAGUGCACGCCAGAUGUAGUAGAUGAAGAUAGUGGAUUUGGAGAAGCUACUCACGAAGAAAUUGCAGAGUUUUUAAAUUUUUUUGGAGAAAAUUCUAGUUUUAAUGUUAAGAAAACCCCAAAGAAACGUAAGUCAACCUGUACACAGGAGUCAGCCAUUAAACAGAGUCGUGUUAUACAAGAAUCUGUAAACAAUGAAACUGCAGCACUAACAACAAACGCAUUAAAAACAUCACCUUUAAAAAGAUCUAUUACUCCCACAAAUUAUACCAAUACAUUUCCUGAAAACGAAUUUAUGGAAGAUAUAGAGACCCCUGGAAAUGUUUUACAACAAAAUGUUAUUGGUAACAAUGAUUUCAUUGAGAUUAAUAGAAUUAAACCGGAACCAGAUGUUGAGAUUAAUCGAAUAUCUAAAGGUUUAGGAAUGAAAAAGAAAAAUUUUAAAUUAAUUAUUGAUGAGUGCACCAAAAUUGAUACAUCGGAGUAUAUAGAGGAAAUGAAGAAUACCAAACUUUCAAAGAAAUUGGUUAGAACAAGAAUCUUAAAAACAUAUAAAGCUAAAAAGUACCUAACAGCUUUGGAACUAUUAACUAGAUUUAAUAGAAGAUCCUUAAAGUUGUCUUUAACCUUAAAACAAAAGAUUUAUGUUUCACGAGAAGAAUUUGAACGAGAAUAUUUAAAUUUACUACGUGAUAUUUUUAAAAUCAACUAUAACGAGAAAUGGGCUUCUGAAAUAUAUCCAAAAUGGAAAUGUAUCAAAGAUGCUGCACUACAAAAAGCAAAUAAAUCAAGAAGCAGAAAGAAGUCUGCAGCUCAGCCAGAAGCUGAUUUAAAUAAACUUGAUGAAUAUUUAAAUACAGAUGUAAUGGCUGAUAACAAUGCUAUUUACAAUAUAAAUCAAGAAAUACAAAAUCAAGAAACCCCUAACAUUAAGGAGCCGUUGAAUUCGCAUGGCCAUGAUAUGUGGCGCCCUUAUGGUGUAAUGAUAAAUCUAUUAAACAUGUGGCGUUUUAAUGAAACAAAUGAAAUUGCGGCAACAACACUUUUCAAGUUAGCCGGAAAUCAAAUUGAUAGAGCUCUAGGAUUUUAUUCUCUUUUAAAUUUAUCUAAAAAACAGUUUGUGUUUCUAACAAAAUUUCCUAAAACUAUUGCCUUACAAAAUAUUUUAAUGGGCAAAGCUAUAGAAAGCGGAUUAACAAAAAAUCUUCCUCCAUAUUGAGAAGUUGUUUUCCUGCAAUUUCCUUAAGAUCUCUUUUGUAUUUAAAAUUGUUAAGUUUUUUGUUUUCUAUAUACAUAGUUUAAGAUAUUGUUAAAGUUAUAUUUGU